CGAUCGCUCUUCCUGGCUCUGUGUUUGUCUCCACAACUGCUGGUUUACGAGUGCCUUUUUGCUGUGGUUAUUGGUAUAUUCUCCCCGAGUUUGGAAGAAUCUGAGGUAUAAGAUUAUCGCUCUCUGCUCAGGCUAUCUGUUGUCUGUUGGAGAUAGCUUGUAUUCGCCUUCUUUACUGCAGCUCGACCUUGCUUCGGCUGCUGACUCUCUCUAGACCCUGCGUUGUUAUGCACCACUCCUGAUCUACAAUCGUCCUCUCUAUCAACAGUACCAGCAAUGAACACCAACCCAAACACCCCCAUGCAGCAACAACAGCAGCAGCAGCAGCAGCACUACCACCAACCCCCCCUACAAUCCACCCCCAUCCCCACACCCCCCUCCACCUCCUCCCACCUCAAACACGAAUACCGCUCCUCGAGUCCCACCAGUGCCGCCCAAGACGGCAGCAGCGGCGGCGGCCGCUCCGCCAAACGUCUGCGCUCGAUCGCGGCCUGCAACCGCUGCAAGACCCGCAAGCAGCGCUGCGAUAACGCGUUCCCAAAGUGCACAAACUGCCGCAAGGCAGGCGCGGAGUGCGUCUCGAAAGAACAGACCUACCCGGCCUCGUACGUGCACUCGCUCGAGGACUAUGUGCAUAAACUCGAGGGCGAGUUGAAGGAGGCUAAAGCGGCGGGCGGAGGAAGUGCCAGCGGCAGUGCUAGCAGCAGUGGGCUUCCCUCGGUCGCGGCAGAGGCGACGAAUACUCUGCCUAUCCUGCAAGGUCUGUCUGGGAAUAAACCCGCGUCGCCUUCGACCCUUGCAUCUGCUUCAUCUGCCGCUCCGGCCACAAACACUACCCCAGCAAUGGGCCCCACCAUCUCUCAACCAGGCAUGCAACAGCAACAGCAGCAACAGCAGCAACAACAACAACUCCCCCCAAUCAACUUUGUCAAAACCUCCUCCUCCGGCGGCGACCAACCUGCCUCCCGCGAGCUCAUCGGCAUGACAAUGUCAAACCCGCCAAACUACUACCUCGGCUCGGCCUCCGGCUUCCCGCUCACAAAACUCGUCCAGGCCGCUAUCUUUGGCAACGCCUUGCCCAAAACGAUCCCGAUGCAGACGAACCUGCCGCAGCUGCCUCCGCUGAGCCAGUCGUUUCCGCCAAACGGGUACGCGCCCGCGCCGAUCGAGACGCCGACGUUGCCUUUGCCGCCUAUCAUUGCGCCUGAAGAACAGCCUCAGGCUCAAGCACAAGCUCAAGCUCAAGCGCUCCCGCAUCCUCCACCGCCCUCUCAACGGCCUCCGCAUCAAUCCCCCCAACACCCGCAACAACCACAACCUCCCCAGCUCAACUUAUCCUCCCGAUUCCAAUACCCGCCGUCGUCAGUAGGCCCUGCUCCGACAGAAAGCCAGUUAGCGCAAAACUUCCUGCUGACGAUUCCGCCGCCACACAUGGCCGACCGGCUCGUGACUGCGUAUCUCAACGGCGUGCAUCAUCGGUACCCGUUCAUCUACCGCGGCGAUAUCCUGGACUGGAACACGCGGCGCGAGGAGAUUGCGCGCGCGCUCGCGCGGAUCGCGGUGAAGAAGUCGGCGAUGGCGAUGGGGGCGGGGUCGGGUCUCGGUAUGCCGUCCGCGAGCGCGAACGAUAGACGGCCGUCAAGGGAUGAAGGCGAGACGCAAGAGACGAAAGCGGGUGGAUCGGAGACAAAGUCGAACGCGCAGCUGCAGAUUGAGUAUGAUGAGAAGGAGGUUCAGUCGAUCUGGUUUAAGCUGCAUAUGGUGUAUGCUAUUGGGGCCGGGUAUCUGCAGCUUACGGGGACGUACACAUAUAUUCCGCCGGAGACGCACUACUACAUUGCAAUGCGAUACCUCGACCUACUCUCAGACUCACCCUUGGUCGAAGUCAUUGAAAAGCUUCUGCUGGUUGUAGUCUUCCAGCUGCGCUCACCGUCUGGUCCGGGGAUCUGGCACCUGACUGGGUUCACGAUGCGUCUCUGCGUAGAGGCAGGGUUCCAUCGAAAACUGUCGUCGACGACGUCGGCGCUGGACGAUCAGAGACGCAAGAAGAUUUUCUGGUGUUUGUAUGUGUUGGAGCGGAGUGUUAGUGUUACGCUCGGACGGCCGUUUUGUAUUGCUGAUCGGGAUAUUGAUGUUGAGCUACCUGCGAACGUGGACGAAUCGAUUCGCGACCCGGUCGAACUAGAAGAAGCGAUUGCGCGGAGUAAACUAACAGAUGUGACGAGCAUGACGAGUUCGAUUUUCAUCAUGCAAAUCAAGCGGAUAGCAUCGCACAUCCAAGAGAAGAUCUACCGCGUCGACAAACUCGAGCUUCCGUACGACCAGAAAUUCCGCGACCUGCGCCGCGAGCUGGAUGAUUGGGGCAAGCAGAUCCACGAGUGCGAGAUGAUCAAGCCUUUAAGCUCGACGCCUACCCCGCGGUUGUAUAUGUCGGAGGAGUAUUAUAUGCUGAAUUACUAUGGCAACAUGCGGCUGCUGUUUGUGCCGAAAUUGCCCGCGCUCCCGUCUGAUUCGGAGGAGUUCAAGCUGUGUUUGCGGUCGGCGGGGCAUAUCUGCCAGGUCUACAAGAGACUACACCAGUACCUGCGCACGGUCUCGUACUCGUUCAUCGCGCUGCAGGCGACGUACAUGGCGGGCAUCACGAUGAUUUACUGCUACACCAAGGACCCAUCGAUUCUCGACACGCAGCUGCUGGCCGACAUCCGCGCAUGCUCGACCGUGCUGUAUAUCAUUGCCGAGCGCUGGCCGGCUUCGAAGCACUUCCGGGACUCGUUCGAGACCUUUUUGAACUCGGCUAUUGAGUCGGGUGUGUUCUUGACGCAUGAUAGUAAAGUCUCAGAAGCGCGGUCGGGAGCGCUUUCGUCGAUGGCGGAGGGGGCGGAGGAGGAGGCGACGGAUGUGGCGACUGCUGCUGUGGCUAGGAAUGAUUCUGCUUCGUUGGCAGAGUCUACGUCGUUUCCGGCUGUGAGUAGUGGCUUUUCUGCAUCCCUUGCUGAGACUGCGACUGGCGCGCCGAGCACCGUCGCCACAGCUACAGCUACAGCUACAGCUACAGAGCCAGCGACGACGACUGCGACAACUACUGCAUCGUCAACGACGACGGCGCCUCUGCAGUUUGAUAUGAAUCUGUCGUCUAUAAUCCAAGUUCCGCGAGCGCCAUCUAUGCCAUCAGAACUGCCGAUCUCUGGCGAAAGCGCUUCUGGUACGGCUACGGCUGCGCCGGUGGAAGGGGAUGGAGGUGAGCGGAAAGGUGCUGCUGAAGUGCUUGCGCCAGCUCAGGAGGUGACGAGCAGUAGCAGUGGCAGGAACAACAACAACACCAGCAGCAGUAACAAAUCAGUUCUGGUUCCGGUACAAGGCGAGCUAUGGGACAUUCUACAACAAGGCGCGCAGCAACAAGCAGGUGCGGUAGCAGAUCCAGUCGCUCAAGAAGGAUCGUCGUACACCGCGCAGUUUGAUCCUCUAUCCCUAGGUCUGCCGAUCAACGGCCUUUCCGGGCUGGGUAUUGGCGGGCUCGGUAUGGCGGCGUUCAACGGCGGACAAAGCAAAGCGGCAGCGGGAGCGGGCGCGGUAGGCGGGCAGCAGUUUUUGCAGCAGCAGCCGCUGCAGCAUACGCAGGGAGAACCGAAGCAGAUGGGGUACCUUUCGCAGCCGCAGUUUCAGCAGCCGAUGUAUCAGCAGCAGCAGUACCAAUUCCUGCAGCCACAUCACCAUCAGCAAGCACAGAGUGGUCUGCAACCGCUGCAGCAUCAGCAGCUACCGCAUCAGCAGCAGCAGCAGCAGCAGCAGCAGGGAUUCCAAGGACAGCCGGCGGUGGGAGCGGUUCCAGGAGCGUGGGGUGCGCAGGGGAGUGCGGGCUCGAGUUCGUUGAUGAUGUCGCCGAAUGGGAGCACGAACGCUAUGCUUUCUGCGAUGGGCAUGUGGCCGAUGCUGGGGAAUACGGUUGCUUCAGGUGGAGUGGGUGAUAUGGCGCCUGUAUCUUCGUCUGCCGAGAGCUCUACUGCUGCUGGACGGCGGCAGUCGACAGGAGGAGGAGAGCCAGCGCCAUCAGAAGCCAGCAGCACUCGAGCGCGAGCAGGAUCAGCAGCCGGCAGAGGCGGCGCGCACUUGCAAGAGAUGAACACCGAGAUGGGCAUGGGACUCGGGAACGCGGCGUUGUUUCGUUGGGCGGCGGGGGAUAUUGGCGAUUUGUACUAUUGAUUAUGGGUUGGAUUGGAUUGGAUAUGUUUGCUGAUUACCUGAAUGAGAAUAUAUUGGAUGAGUAAGUGAUGACUAAGGCGGAUGAGCAGGCCGCGGUGUAAGAUACGCUGUUGCGUAGGAUUAUUCCACUAAUGUUAUAUUCUACUAUUAUGUUAUUAGUUGCCAUUAUAUUCUACUGCUAUUCUACUGCUAUAUUCUACUAUACUGCUAUACUGUAUGAAUUGCUAUUGUUGAAUCUGCAACAAAUCUCCGAGCUCAGACCUUCGCCCCCAUUUUGGGUUUCAAUUUUUUUUUU